AUGCGAUUCACACUAGCACUGCUGGCCUUAGUCGGCUGUGCGAUGGCCGCCGUCCAUCAGAUGCAACUGACGAAAAUCGAGUCACAACGCACUAAAAUGAUGCGCCAGGGCACAUGGUCCCGCUACAUCAAGAUGAAGAAUACUCGACGAAUCGCCAUGGAACACAAAAUGGGAAGCUUCGCCAACGUUGUGCCUCAAAGCGUGAACGACUAUGAAGACGAGGAAUAUAUUGGGAACAUUACGAUCGGAACACCGGAACAGCAAUUCCAGGUAAUCCUCGAUACUGGCUCAUCGAAUUUGUGGAUUCCUGACAGCACCUGCGGACAAGUUCAUGAAAACUGCAAGGACCAGAAUUGCAUAGGAAGUGAGUUUUGGCCCUUUUGCGGGUGCAAACAUUUAAACAGGAUCGACUCAUCUUCGGCUCCAUAA